AUGAAUACUCCCCAUCAUAUUCUCUACACAUACAUACAUAAAUAUUUUCUCUUUAACACGUAUCAAAAUUUGUACUACUCGAAAAAUUUAAGUAUCUUGCGAAAUGAGCGAAAAGUAAUUAUUGACUGUGACAUUAAUAUGAUGGUUAAAUAUUUAUAUGCAAAAUUAUGUUUGAAAUAUACAUCCGGCGUCAAUAACACCAAUUAUCGCUCGAGUGACCUGCAAUUUGACGAGGAUGGACAGCGCGUUAAUUUUGGCAUAGACAUUUUCGAACCGCAAGACAAUUGUGGCAUUGGUUUCUGGGAUACGAAGGGUCAAAUAACGCCGCAACAUGUAGAGGCAAGCAUCGCAAAGAAGCUGGUUUAUCGUGUAGCCACGCGUAUUGGGGAGCCGUACUUUAUGGAGAUACCCGAGAUGGUGGAGCAGAAUGUGACUGGCAAUGAACGGUACAUGGGUUAUGCAGUAGAUUUGAUUAAAGAAAUUGCAGAACUUAUGAAUUUUGAGUAUAUAUUUGUGCCUGUAGCAGAUAACCAAUAUGGCAAAUACAAUAAGGAAACAAAGCAAUGGAACGGCAUAAUUGGCGAGCUGAUCAAUAAUGAUGCACAUAUGGGCAUUUGUGACUUGACUAUUACACAGGCACGCCGUACCGUAGUGGACUUUACCGUGCCCUUCAUGCAGCUUGGCGUAAGUAUAUUAGCCUAUGCAGAUACACCCGAGCCAAAGGCUUUGCUGGCUUUUCUUGAGCCAUUGAAAGGAGAAGUAUGGAUGUACGUCAUGGUUGCGAUUUAUGUCAUAUCUUUCUUAUUUGUGUUUUCAGCAAGAAUCGCAGAAGAUGAGUGGGAAAAUCCACAUCCUUGCAAUAAAGAUCCUGAUCUGUUGGAGAACAAGUGGGGCCUACUCAAUACCUUUUAUUUGACAGCGGCCUCCAUCAUGCAGGCUGGUUGUGAUAUAUUGCCAAAAAGUGCACCGUUCCGCACAUUCACGGCAAUGUGGUGGAUAAUUGCAGUUAUAAUACCCAACUCUUACACUGCUAAUUUGGCUGCAUUUUUGACCAGCUCAAAAAUGGAGGAUAGUGUUACAGACAUCAAGAGUCUGGCGGAGCAGACAGCUAUAAAGUUUGGCACUAUGGAAGGUGGCAGUACGUAUACGCUGUUUGCCGAGUCGAACGAGACUGUAUAUCGUCUGGCCUUCAAUAUGAUGAACAAUGAAGAUCCCUCGGCGUACACCAAGGAUAAUAAAGAAGGAGUGGAACGAGUGUUAAAAAAUAAUGGAUCAUAUAUGUUUCUAAUGGAGACAACUAGCUUGGAGUACAAUAUUGAGCGCAAUUGCCAGCUCCGCAUAGUAGGCGAGAAAUUCGGAGAAAAACAUUACGCCAUAGCAGUGCCUUUUGGGUUACAUAGCGUCAAAAAAGCUGUGCAGCAUAAAACGCCAGAAAAAAGUAGG